GGCGUGAACCAGACCGAAACUGACUUGGGAAACGUGAUGAAAUGGAAGUUGCACGUGUUGCGGCUGGGCUCCGACACCCCAAAUUAAACAUGGGUUUCUUCAAGUGGGUCUGCUUGAUCGUCUUGUUUUAUCUCUUUGCUGCAACACUCGUCUUAUCAGAUUCCUCCUUGGUUUCAAACGAUCCAUUAUCAGCAAUUCCCAUUGAGUUUUUAGAACAAGCCAAAAAGCCAGGGGUUUUGGAUUGGAUGAUUGAAAUUCGAAGGAAGAUUCAUGAGAACCCUGAACUGGGUUAUGAGGAAUUUAAGACCAGUGAACUGAUAAGAGAGAAAUUGAAUGAAUUGGGUAUCUCUUAUAAAUACCCUGUUGCAGUUACUGGCGUUAUUGGCUUCGUAGGUUCCGGACGGCCUCCUUUUGUUGCAAUAAGAGCCGAUAUGGAUGCUCUUGCUAUGCAGGAAAUGGUGGAGUGGGAGCACAAAAGUAAAGUACCUGGAAAGAUGCAUGCUUGUGGACACGAUGCUCAUGUUGCGAUGCUUCUUGGUGCAGCAAAGAUCCUCAAAGAGCAUGAAAAAGAUAUAAAAGGAACUGUUGUGCUUGUUUUCCAACCAGCAGAAGAAGGUGGUGGAGGGGCUAAGGAAGUUUUAGAUGCUGGGGCUUUAGAAAAUAUCGCUGCCAUCUUUGGAUUGCAUAUCGCGCCUGCAUUACCUAUUGGUGAAGUGGCCUCUAGGUCUGGUCCAUUUUUGGCAGGAAGUGGCUUCUUCGAAGCAGUAAUUAGUGGAAAGGGAGGUCAUGCAGCUAUUCCCCAACAUACAAUAGACCCCAUAUUGGCUGCUUCCAAUGUGAUUGUUAGCUUGCAACAUCUCGUUUCUCGUGAGGCUGAUCCUCUGGACUCCCAGGUUGUGACUGUAGCAAAAUUUCAAGGAGGCGGUGCCUUCAACGUUAUUCCAGAUUCAGUCACAAUUGGUGGCACCUUCCGAGCUUUUUCAAAAGAAAGCUUCAUGCAAUUGAGACAGCGGAUUGAGCAGGUUAUUACUGGGCAGGCUGCUGUCCAGAGGUGCAACGCAACAGUUAGCUUUCUUGACAAAGAGAAAUCCUUCUUCCCUCCGGCUGUUAAUGAUGGUGACCUGCACAAGCAUUUUCAAAAAGUAGCUGGGGAUAUGCUCGGGAUUAAUAAAGUUAAAGAAAUGCAACCAUUGAUGGGAUCAGAGGACUUUGCAUUCUAUCAAGAGAGUCUGCCUGGUUACUUCUUCUUUCUUGGAAUGGAAAAUGCUUCGAUUGAACAGCUUGAAUCCGUACACUCACCCUAUUUCAAAAUCAAUGAAGAUGUACUUCCUUAUGGAGCUGCGCUCCAUGCAUCAUUAGCAGCUAGUUAUCUUCUUAAGUCUCAGCCGAAUGUGCCAGUGGUAGAAGGUAAUUAUCAUGAUGAAUUAUAGGUCUGGUAAUCACUAAAAGCGAGUGUUGGAUUAUUUCUUGGAGCAAUGAGGCAAUGAUUUGGCUUGUUUCACAGUUACGUUGUAAAGCAUUCAAACCCAAAUCACCUUCACUGGUGCUUGCAUAAAAAUCAUUACCGUUGAAUCCUAAUGUUCUCUCAGCAAUGUUUAUUCGUUUGUAUCUUUCACCUUAGAAAAAAUGUCUUUAAUAGUAAAUGACCCUCUCAUUUUUAAAGUCCGUGAUUAUGAUAUUAUCAUCAUAAUGGACUUUGUUAUUGUCUGCGA